AUGUCCCCUGUCAACGUGAGGACAGAUAGGAAAGAUGGAAAAGAUGUGGCCACCUUCCCUGUAAGAAAAGAUGACGUGUGGAUUGUGAGUUAUCCGCGUGCAGGGGUGUGGCUACAGGACCUGAUCUAUCUGCUCCUAGAGGGGGGAGAUCUCAACACGACAGACCUGAGCCUGGAGUCCGUGGAGGAUUCCAUCCCCUUCCUGGAGGCCCCGAGCCCCGGGAUGGAGUUACUGAAGACGCUGCCCUCGCCCCGUUACAUCAAGUCCCACCUGCCAUUACGGACUGCUGCCAGAGGGCGUCAGGAACAAAGAAUGCAAGGUAAACGAAAGAAGGUGAUCUACAUUACCAGGAACCCCAAGGACGUAAUGUGCUCGUUCUAUGACUUCCAUCGCACUGUCCGCAUGGUGCACUACAAGGGCACUUUCCAUCAGUUCUUCUAUCGCUUCAUCAACAUAAAUGUGAGGCUUGGAUUCACCUUCAUGGGGUAUGGUUCCUACUUCAGACAUGUGUUGGAGUGGUGGGAACAGCGAAAGGACAACAAUUUGCUCUUCCUAAAAUAUGAAGAUGUUCGUCAGGAUAUCAGAUCUAGUAUUGAACAGCUGGCAAAUUUCUUAGAGCGACCUUUGACCCCGGCCGCACUGAAAAGCAUCUACACCCAUUUUGAGGAGGAGGCCGCAUACAAUCGCAAA